AAAAUAAAGCAUUUUAUGAUGAAGCAAUUGGAAGAAAAAAUAUUGAAAGGAAGAAAAUAUUAUGGUACAAUAAAGAAGAUAUGAAUAAAAUGUCAAGGAAAAAAUGGGGAAAUGAAGAAUGUUUUAUUAUUUUGAAAAAUGAUUGCAAUGAAAAAAAAAAAAAAACGUGUUAUCUGAAUGGAAUACAAUACGAAUAUAAUAUUAAUAAUUUAAUAGAAGAAGAAAAAAAAUAUUUGUACUUGAAGAAAGAAAAGAUAAUAUGGAAAGAAUGGUUAUUAAAAAAUUUUAAAAAUAUUGAAGAAUGUAAUAAUGAAGAUUGGUUUAAUAAUUUAAUGGAAACAUAUAAAAUAGAUGAAAUAUGUACAAUUAAUAUGAACGGAGAAAUACAUAGUAUUGGAUUGGAGAAUACUCUAAAGAGAAAUUUUUUAAAAAAUAUAAUAUGGAUUGAUAUAUUUAUGGGAGUUUUAAAUGAAUGUGAAGAAGAAGAAGGAGAAGAAGAAUUGGAACACAAACAUAAGAAUAUGUUAGAGUCAAAAGUCGAAGAUAAUGAUAAAUUAUUUUAUGAAAAAAAUGAAGAUUAUAUUAAUAAAAAGGAAAUGGAAAAUUAUAUAAAUUAUAUAAAUUAUAUAAAUGAUAUACAAGAAAAUGAAGGACAUCAAAUGGAUAUUCCAGAAUGGUUUGAUGCAUAUCAAUCUGAUGAAAUGAGUGGAAAACAGAAAAGUAUAAAAAAGAUGAACAAUGGUUUAUUAAAGAAAUUAGAAGAA